AUGCCGUCGUAUGUUGUGACUGGAGCUAGUCGGGGAAUUGGAUAUGGCUUCAUUCAGUUUCUGUCCAAGGAUCCAGACAAUGUUGUAGUUGGGCUAGUCCGAGACAAGGUCGCGACAGACCGAAAGAUCCAACAAGAGGGCAUCAAAAAUGUCACAAUCCUUCAAGCCGAUAUUACCGACCGUCAAGCUCUCCUCGCUGCUCGGGAUGUUGUCAAAACCCUGACGGGUGGCUCACUCGACUACCUGAUCAACAAUGCAGCAUAUGUUUCCCACCUUACAACGGGGAGAUUUCUCGACGAGUUCGAGAGUGAACCGACGCUGCUGGACGAUGAUAUAAACACGGCCUUCAACACCAAUGUCGUUGGGGUCAUCAACACCAUUAAUGUUUUCCUGCCCCUGAUCAAAAAGGGUCGUGUGAAGAAGGUAGCGACUUUAACUUCUGGCAUGGGCGAUCUGGAUUUCAUCAAUGAGCUUGGGAUCUGGGAAUCAGCCCCAUAUAGUAUAAGCAAAGCGGCAGUCAACGUUGUCGUGGCCAAGUACAGUGCCCGAUACAAGGACGAGGGGAUCUUGUUCCUCUCCAUUUCCCCCGGGGUGGUGGACACGGCAGCAGCUGCAGCGCCUGGAAUAGAAGGACUCGUUCAAAAGUUUCUGAAAGCUGCGCCAAACUUUCCCGGUCCAAUGACACCACUUGAGUCAGUCGAACAAGUGCUAAGCGUCGUGAACUCGAAAAGCGUUGAGAACGGUGACGGAGGCCUUCUUAUGUCCCACCACGGAGAUAAGAACUGGUUUUGA